GAUGGUGUGAGAUGCUACAUAUAGAGAGGAAAUACAUUGAGCAAAGGCAAAUCAAAGAAAAGCUGUCCAUCCCUCCCUCCUUUCUUUUAUAAACCAUCACCAGACCAAAACACAAAUCUGAGAGAUCAAAACACAACACAGAACACAGAAACAGAGUCGAAAGCAACUAGAAUGAAGGCAAGAGAUGCCAAAGGAGCUCUUUCUGCAGAUUUACUGGUAUGUUUUCCCUCAAGAACCAGCUUAACCCUUAGGCCAAAAUCCAUUUGCAGCCCUGCAAGGUCCUUAGAAGCCAAAAAGCACCACGACAAUAACAGCAUGCAGCUCAUCAAGAGAGGCAGGACCAAAAGCUUUGGCCAGGCUAGUCCCAUGUUAUGGGCAAAAACCAAGGCGAUGAGCUCGGAGAUCUCCGAGCCUACUUCGCCAAAAGUCACGUGUGCCGGACAGAUCAAGGUCCGGCACAAGACUGGCUCGAUCAAAAGCUGGCAGUCAGUGAUGGAGGAGAUUGAGAGGAUUCACAAGCAUAAGAAGCAGAAGAAGAGGAAACCGAGUUGGGCCGAGGCUCUGGGGUUCAAGAAAGAUGUAAUGCACUUCCUUACAUGCUUGCGAAGAAUCCGAUUCGACCUUAGAUGUUUUGGGUCCUUUCCACAACCAGAUAUCACCUCUGACGAUGAAGAAGAAGAAGAGGAAGACAGAGAAGAAAAUCAUGCGGGUAUUGAAGGAAGCAGUGAAGGUACUGACGAAAACUCGAGAGCGUUUUUUUCGAAAUGGUAUAUGGUUUUACAGGAAAAUCAGAGUGAUGAUUUUAGCAAACAAGAUAGCGUUAAGAGAGAUGAUAGGCCUAGUUUCGAAGACGACGGAUCGACUUCUGCAGUAGCUUCAGUUUCGCCACCAAAUGCUCUGCUUCUAAUGAGGUGCAGGUCUGCUCCUGCAAAGAGCUGGUUAGAAGAGAAAGAAGAAGAAGAAGAAAAUGAUCAUGAAGAGGAAGAAGAAUGCCGGGAAGAAAAUGUAUCAGAAAAACAAGACAGAAGAGGGAAAAUUACUCUGAAGAGUUUAAUGGAUCAAGAAAAGAUGAGGAAGAUGAACGAGAACUUGGUGGUGAUGACAUACGGUUCUGAUUUGUACAACAUUUCAACUGAAAUUGCCAAGGAGACAUGGGUUGUUAGUGGGAUGAAAGAUCCAAUCUCCAGGAGUCGAAGUUGGAAGAGAUGAUGAAGAUC